AUGCCGGACAAAAAUCGAGGCUGCCGAGAUGGACAACGCGACAAAGAUUUCUUUGCCGACGAGAUAUCGUCCAUCGGUAUGUCGUUACGACCCAGCGGUAGCGCUUCUUCUGGUAUCUCAUCCCUUGCGAGCUGUGGCGAGGUGGACGCGUUACCGCAACUGCCAGCGCAAGACGAGGAACGAUUGCAACGCGCUGCACGUUUGUUGCAACAAAGGCUCGUUUUACGCCAAUGGUUGACGGACCAUGGCUUGCACAGUCAUUACCAGAAGUGA